UUUUUAAAAAAUAUUUUUAAUUUUUUUAUUGCAAGGUGAUUUCCAAUUGUGAAAUUAUUGAUUUGCCAGAUCUGAAGAGGAAUCAAGUUGAUUAUGAUCGAUGGAAGUGUCGGAGAAUCAUGAAUCAAAUGGUCUGGAUAAUUCCGAAUCGUCGGUUAGUCAGGGAGGUGAGGCUGCGAGUGGUUUGCUAUUUGCUGAAAAUAAAGAUGAUUUGUUUGUUGAUGCAUCGGAUGAUUUAGAUGAUUCUAGAAAUUCUGAUAAUGGAGAAUUAGUUGCCAGUAAUGAAGCUGAAGCCUUGAUUUCUGAGGAAAAACCUGAUGACUCUAAGAGGGAGAAUCAUCAUCUUGCUGGAAUUGAAAAUGGGGCAAGAGAUGAUCCCUCGGUGGCUGAGCUGGAACGUUUGCGUGACUUGUUGGACAAAGCGGUUGAUGAGAAAGAUAGUAAUGAAAAGGAAUACAAGGAAGAAAGAAAGAUCCUUGUGGAAGAACUUGCUAAUCUUCGUCACCAGCUGAAGGUUUUGACUGGGAAAGAGUUGUUGCCAGGUGAAAAUGUUGGUGGGUUUGAUCAAGCGGUAGGUGAAAGUGAGGAAAAAACUCAACUGGUAGAUGCUCCUUUACAUGAGUUAAUGAGUGAAUGCUCAGAGUUUCUCAGAAGUGCUCUGGAGUUGCGGACACAGAAUGAGAAUACAAUCCUGGAACUUAAUGCAGUUAUUCAUGCGAAGGAUCAAGAGAUUCAGGAUCUCAAUGAGAAGGUUACUGAGCUCUCUGUUUCACAAGCUGGCAUGGCAUCUGAGGUUCAGCUUGAGAGAGACCAGUAUGUUGAGGCUGUUACAGAUAGGAUGUUGGCUUAUCUUGUAACAGUAGUUAAUCAAGAAGAGUUCUUGGAUAAUUCAGUUGUUGGGAAAAUCACUAAUGUUGAGAGAAGCACUUAUUUGUUGAUUGAGAAGUAUAACCAGAUGCUUUAUGAAAUUUAUCAACUUGGACAGUGUUUGUCGAAGACUGAGGUUGACUUUAGAGUGCAAGAAGAGUUUGGAACAGUGUUUUCUGCUGCCCGUGAUGAGUUACUUGAGUUCAAAAGAAGGGAAGUGGAGUUAGUGGAAAAAGCAAGCCAUCUAGAAGAUGAAAAUAAAAAGUUUGUCGAACAAGUUGAGAAGGACAGAGAAAUGGUUGAAGCAGUGAAAGCUGAACUUUCCAAAACUAAAAUGGAACUUGAGCAGGAAAAGACAAGGUGUACUAAUACCAAAGAAAAGCUUAGCUUGGCUGUGACAAAAGGGAAGGCACUGGUUCAGCAGCGGGACUCACUGAAACAAUCUCUGUCAGAGAAAAUGACUGAGCUUGAGAAAUGCCUAUCUGAGUUGCAAGAGAAGUCAAGUGCUCUUCAGGUUGCUGAAUUAAGUAAGGAAGAGUUGGUCAAAAGUGAAAAUUUGGUUGCAUCACUACAAGAUAUGCUCUUGCAGAGGAACAUGAUUCUUGAAAAAUCUUUAGAAAAUAUUUCUCAGAUUGAUGUGCCAGAGGAACUUCAAUCAAUGGAUUUGGGGGAGAGAGUAAAAUGGCUGGUCAAUGAGAGAAAUGAACUAAAGGUUGUAUCUAUGGAAUUCAGCAAAUUGAAAGAAGCCAUUUCUUUGAUUGAAUUACCCGAAACUGUUUCAUUUUCUGACCUGGAAUCUCGUUUGGGUUGGCUUAAGGAAUCAUUUGAUCAGGCCAAAGACGGAGAAAAGCUGUUGCUAGAUGAACUUGGCAGAACAAAGGAAGUUGCACACAAUGAGAUUGAUCGAUUGAGUGCUUCACUUUCAGCAGAGUUACAAGAGAAGGAAUAUGUUAUAAAGGAGUUGGAUGACAUGACGAUUAAAUAUGAAGAAAUUGCUCAAAAGAUCAAUAAAGUCACACUGGAGAAGGAUCAGAUGAUGAGAUUGUUGCUCGAGGAAUCUGGAAUGGUAAUAGAAGAACAAGAUGGGGUCUUUCAGACUUCUGAUCUUACCACGCUUAUUAAUAAAUGCUUUGGGAAGAUAAGAGAAAAAGCCCAUACCUCUUUUGAUACUGCUGGUGCUGAUAUUGAAAUGUUUGAAAGAAUGCAAAGUCUUUUGUAUGUAAGGGACCAGGAGUUGAUACUUUGUGAGCAAUUACUUGAGGAAGAUGCACUGGUAAGUUUGCACUUGAAUGAUAUAACAAAUGAAUUAAGAGCUGCAUCUGAAGAGCUUGGUGCGCUGAAGGCGGAAAAAGACUCUCUGGAGAAAGAUCUUGAACGGUCAGAGGAGAAAUCUGCUUUGCUAAGGGAGAAGUUAUCCAUGGCAGUUAAGAAAGGAAAGGGAUUGGUUCAAGAUCGAGAAAAGUUGAAAUUUGAACUGGGCGAAAAGAACUCAGAGAUUGAGAACUUAAGGCUCAACUUACAGCAGCAAGAAUCUACAGUUUCCGAGUGCAAGGACCAGAUCAACAGUUUGUUAACUGAUUUAGAAAACUUGAAAGUUCAAGUAGGUGAAAAGAACUCAGAAAUUGACCAGUUAAGGCUCAACUUACAGCAACAAGAAUCUAUAGUUUCUGAGUACGAGAAUCAGAUCGGUAGAUUCUCAACUGAUUUAGAGCGCAUCUCAAAGUUGGAGGCCGAUGUUGUUGGUAUGAAUGAUCAGCGCAAUCAACUCGAGCAGUUUUUAUCAGAGAGCAAUAAGAUGUUGCAGAGAGUUGUCGAAUGUGUUGAUCAUAUUGUUCUUCCAAUUGAUUUGGUUUUUGAAGAGCCUGUGGAAAAGUUGAACUGGAUUGCUGGGUACAUCAAUGAAUGCCAGGAUAGCAGGAUGUCUUUGGAGCAAGAAUUGGGAACAGUGAAAGAGGAAGCCAAUUCUCUGGCUAGCAAGUUUGCAGAAGUCCAAGCAACUCUUAAGUCACUGGAGGAUUCCUUGUUAGCUGCAGAGAAGAAGAGUACUCAACUUGCUGAAGAAAAGAGGGAAAUAGAAGUUAGUAAGGAAAAUGUUGAACAUGAGUUAGAGAAGGCAAUAGAUGAAGCCCGAUCCCAAACUAGUAAGUUUGCUGAAGCUUUUGCAAGUAGCAAGUCACUUGAAGAUGAGUUGUUGAGGGCAGAAAAGUAUAUUUCUGUGCUCACCAGUGAGAAAGAAGAGGCUCAAGGUAGCAGAGCCGCUGCUUUAAUGGAACUAGAGAAAGUUUCAGAGGGACUUGCAUCGCAGACAAGCAAACUAACCGAGGCAUAUAAAACAAUAAAAUCUCUUGAAGAUGCACUAUCUCAGGCAGAGACUACUGUUGCAUCACUUACAGAACAAAAUAAUGAGGCGCAAGCUGGCAGAACCAUUUUGGAGAGUGAGAUGCAAAAGCUGAAAGAUGAAGCUGAGUCUCAUGCUGUUAAGUUGGCAAAUGCAUACACAACUAUAGAAUCGCUGGAAGAUGCAUUGGCGAGGGCACAGAAUGUUGUUUCUGUACUUGAAGGUGAAAAGAGAAUUGCGGAGGAGGAGAUAUCGACACUUAAUUCCAAGUUGAAUGCAUGCCUUGAAGAGUUGGCUGGAACAAGUGGCAGCUUUGAAAGUAGGUCUGUGGAGCUCAUUGGGCAUCUUAAUGAUCUUCUAAUUCUUAUGAAAGAUGAGAGGCUUUUAUCAAUUGUGAAACAGUGCUGCAAGAGGAAAAUUGAGGGCUUGCAGGAUAUAGACCUGGUCAUGAAGCACAUAAUGGACCAGGUUGUUGGCAUAGAUCCAGGAGAGCCUGUAAGACCCUCUGACAAUGAGGGAAGUUCAGAUGUGAACAAGUUUUUCAUAAAUGACCUUGACAACAUUGAAAUAGAGAAUGAAGAGUUAAUAGUGGCAGAUGCAAACAAUAUAUCUUUCUCUUUCAGAAAGGCUGCAGAAGGGUUUCAGAUGAGAAACAAAAUUCUUGCUGAUAAGUUAGAAGGUUUCUCAACUUUCCUUGAUGAAUUUAUUGCUUCUUUGUUGAGAAAAUUGCAGACAACAAGGGAUGAAGUUAUAAAAAUGGCUCAGAGCAUUGAAUCUUUGAACCAAAAACUGAAGAUUAUGGAAGUGUAUAAAAAGGAACAUGAGGAAGCUACGCAGAGCUUAGAAAAUGACAUUACAAUGCUACUGUCUGCUUGUAGUGAUGCUACCAGAGAACUGCAGUUUGAAAUGAAAAAUGAUCUGCUAGAACUGAAUUCAGUUCCCGAGCUUGGUAAACUGAACCACAGUAUUUUCCAAGAAGUGAAAGAAGUUGGUGGUGACACAGCAGAGCACCAGAAGAAGCUUGAUGGCAACAAAUACCUUGAGGCAGCGGAAAAGCUGCUAUCUUCCACCAGGAAAGCUCAAAGUCUGACUAAAUUGUUUGAGAGUACAAGCACUGUGGCAGCCUCUACAAUCAAAGAUUUACAGAAAAAAUUGCAUGAAACCUCAAAAUUUUUUGAAAAAUCCAUAGAAGAAAGAGAUCUAUACCAAAAUAUGGUUUCCAAGUUGGAGACUGAUGCUGAUUCAUUAAAAGAUUCAUGUACUGUGGCAGCCUCUACAAUUCAAGAUUUACAGAAAAAUUUACAUGAAACCUCACAAGCUUAUGAAAAAGCCAUAGAAGAAAGAGAUGUAUACCAAAAUAUGGUUUCCAAGUUGGAGAUUGAUGCUGAUUCAUUAAAAGAUUCAAGUACUGUGGCAGCCUCUAGAAUUCAAGAUUUACAGAAAAAAUUGCAUGAAACCUCAAAAGCUUAUGAAAAAGCCAUAGAAGAGAGAGAUCUAUACCAAAAUAUGGUUUCCAAUUUGGAGACUGAUUUGGAUUCAUUAAAAGAUUCAUAUAGAGAGCUGGGUCUCAAAGUAGAGGAUUACCAAGCCAUCAAAGAAAAGUUGAAAGAAAAAGAGGCAGAAGUUUCAUCAUUUUACGACAGCUUGUCAUUGAAAGAACGAGAGGCAUCUCUUUUGUCAGCUUCUCAGGUGAGGCAGCUUUUCGACAAGAUAACUGGAAUCGAAAUCCCUGUUCCAGAAUCAGAGGUAGGAGAUCUGGAGCCUGAAAGUUCAACUGAUUUGAAGAAGUUAUUCUGCAUUAUUGAUAGUGCAGCUGGGUUGCUGCAUCAAGUAAACUCACUAAACCUGGAGAAAGAAGAACUGGAGUUAACCCUAUCAACACAAACUGCUGAAAUUGAGCAUCUGAAGGGAGAAGUUGAAAUACACGUUACAAACAAGCAAGACUCUGAAAUGCUGAAAAGUGAGCUCUCUGACCUCACAAUUGGUUUGAAGAAAAUUAUUAGUAUAUUGGGAUGCAAUGAAGAUGAUGUUGACCAAAACUCUACCGGUCUGAGAGGGAUCUUAUCAAUAGUAGAGAAGCAGGUGAUGACCCUGCUUUCAGAAGCUGAAAACUCAAAAUCCAAAAUCCAAGAACUUGGUACCGAGUUGCUUGGGAGCCAAAGGGUCAUAGAUGAAUUGGCAAACAAAAUAAAGGUACUUGAAGAUUCGGUUCAAGUUAGGACUAUUGAGCCAGAGAUUGUCCAAGAAAGGAGCAUCUUUGAAUCACCUUCAGUGCCCAGUGGCUCAGAGAUAUCUGAAAUUGAAGAUCCGGGAACACUUGGAAAUAAAUCAGUAUCUCCUGUUGCUUCCUCUGCUCACGUGCGAACUAUGAGGAAGGGAUCCACUGAUCAUCUCGCAAUCAAUAUUGACUCUGAAUCUGCUCGCCUGGUUAAUAGUAGUGAGGAAACUCAUGAUGAGGACAAAGGUCAUGUAUUCAAGUCUCUUAACACAACAGGACUCAUUCCAAGGCAGGGAAAGAUGCUUGCAGAUCGAAUAGACGGAAUCUGGGUAUCUGGUGGUCGAAUUUUGAUGAAUCGUCCAAGAGCAAGACUAGGCGUUAUUGUCUAUUGGCUUUUCUUGCAUAUAUGGCUUCUAGGAACCAUUUUGUAACAAAGUCUGUGAUCGUCUAUCAUCUGAACUAUCAAUGUUCUCGUUUCAUGCCAGCGAUUGAAACUCUGGCAUGAAACUUGUAUCAUAGAUAGAUGUAACGUUGUCAUUCUUUCCUCUUAUUUUUCCUUACCCACACUUUGUAAUCUGGAGAGGUGCAGGUGCAGGUGCAGGUGCCCUCCGGUGCUGGUUCGGAAUGUGUUGGUAUAAACCUAUUCAUUCUUUAUUCUGCGUCUCUGCGAUUGCAUUUUAGGGGUUGCAGAGAGUGCUCUAAGCUUGGCAAAUAAUUUACAUUUGUCAUCUCCUCUAUAUACAUGUUUUUAAUUGGAACAUUAAGCAAUAGAUUCAUGCAUGAUAGAUGAACG